AUGUUCUUCUCUCUGGUUUAUCUGGUAACCAUAAUGGGAAACCUUGUCAUUGCUGCUGUCACCACUCUUGACAAGAGCCUUCACACACCCAUGUACUUCUUCCUGAGAAACCUGUCCAUCCUGGACUCCUGCUACAUUUCUGUCACACUCCCUAACUCCUGCAUGAACUCCCUGCUGGGCACAAGGUCCAUUUCAAAGGCAGCAUGUGCAGCUCAGGUUUUCCUUGUGAUUUUCUUUGCAUUUGUAGAGGUACUGUUUCUCACCAUCAUGGCUCACAACUGCUUUGCAGACAUCUGCAGGCCCCUCCAUUACGCUGUGAUCAUGAACCCUCGCCUGUGUGUCCACAGCACACUGGCCUCUCUGCUCAGUGGCCUCAUCUAUGCAGCUAUGCACACCAUCAACACCUUCAGGCUGCCCUUCUGCCACUCACAUGCUGUCCAGCAGCUCUUCUGUGACAUCCCCUCUCUGCUGAAGCUGUCUUGCUCUGACACCUUCAGCAACCAGAUCACAAUUUUUGUGUCAAGUCUAGUGAUAUGUGGUGGCUGUUUCAUUUAUAUCAUCAAGUCUUAUAUUCAUAUCUUUUCUAGUGUGCUCAAGUUUCCAGUGGGAGCAGAUAGGAAAAAGGCCUUUUCCACCUGUGUCCCCCACAUUCUUGUGGUGUUGCUUUUCCUCAGCUCAGGGUUUUAUGUCUACCUGAGACCCUCUUCAGUUUCCACCAGCAUCAGAGACAUGGUUCUGUCUAUGUUCUACUCUGUAAUCCCCCCCCUCUUCAGCCCUAUUAUUUACAGUCUCAGAAAUGAACAGAUAAAGUGCACCAUCAGAAAACUCAUCACAAGAAAGCUCUAUUCAGGAAAUGUAUUGAGGACUAAGAAAGUUUUCCCUAUCCAACUAAGUCAUAGACAUGUUUUUGGCAAUAUAUAGAUAUAACUUAUUAGAGUUAUUAUGUAUUCUUCAUGCAAAUUUAUUAUCCAAGAUGGUUCAACAUAUCAUAUAUCAAGAUUACUUUUCUCUGUUGUCUUAUACAAUUUUAACAUUCUAUAAGAUAUUUGGUAUUAUGAGGAAAA